GGCCCAGCCCGCCCAGGCCGCGGGAGGGGCGGGGCACGGGGAGCCCUAUAAUUGGAGCAGCCCGGGAUCCCGCAACCCUGCGCAGACCCCGCGGAAGGAAUCCCUGAACCUAUUUCUGCAGCGGCUGGUGAGAGACCCCGUCGGGGCGCAGGGAUCAGCGAGCAGGCCUUGGCUGAUCAAUCACAGGCGGGAAGAUGAAGGUCCUGUGGGCUGCUCUGGUGGUCACGCUUCUGGCAGGAUGCCGGGCAGAUGUGGAGCCAGAGGUGGAGGUGCGGGAGCCAGCAGUGUGGCAGAGCGGGCAGCCCUGGGAGCUUGCGCUGAGCCGCUUCUGGGAUUACCUGCGCUGGGUGCAGACCCUGUCUGACCAGGUGCAGGAGGAGCUGCUCAGCAACCAGGUCACCCAGGAACUGACGCUGCUGAUUGAGGACACCAUGAAGGAGGUGAAGGACUACAAGGCGGAGCUGGAGAAGGAACUAGGACCGGUGGCAGAAGACACGAAGGCUCGGCUGGCCAAGGAGCUGCAGGCGGCGCAGGCACGGCUGGGGGCAGACAUGGAAGAGGUGCGCAACCGCCUGUCGCAGUACCGCAGCGAGGUGCAGGCCAUGCUGGGCCAGAGCUCCGAGGAGCUGCGCGCGCGCCUGACCUCGCACCUGCGCAAGAUGCGCAAGCGGCUGCAGCGCGACAUCGAUGAACUGCAGAAGCGUAUGGCUGUGUACAAGGCCGGAGCCCAAGAGGGCGCCGAGCGUGGUGUGAGCGCCAUCCGAGAGCGCCUGGGGUCCCUGAUAGAACAGGGCCGUCUUCAAGCCCUGACCAGCCAGCCACUGCAGGAGCGCGCACAGGCCUGGGGUGAGCAGAUGCGCGGGCGGCUGGAGAAGGUGGGCAGCCAGGCGCGCGACCGCCUGGAGGAGGUGCGUGAACAGAUGGAGGAGGUGCGCGUCAAGGUGGAGGAGCAGGCCGAGGCCUUCCAGGCGCGCCUCAAGAGCUGGUUCGAGCCCAUGAUGGAAGACAUGCGGCGCCAGUGGGCCGAACUCAUCCAGAAGGUGCAGGUGGCUGUGGGCGCCAGCACCUCGGCUCCCAGCCAGGAGCCCUGAGCAGCCAGCUUCCGCCCCACCCCACCCACUGGAGUCCCUCAGCCAGCAGGAGGCACCAGGCUCUGUACCCACCCCCGCCUGCUCCUGGAGGGCUCUAGUUAAUAAAGAUUGGAAAGAUUUGCCGAGCCUCGCA